AUGCAAUCGUUGCUGCAGUAUCGACGCGCUGGUGCUGCAGCGCAAGCGCAGAUUGAUCGGGAUGUUGGCAAGGCCAGAGAGCAUAUGCCACCUGAUACCACCCGUGACGUGGAAGCAUCAAAGCCGCCUGUAAGACGACACCCUCGCAAAAAAGAUGAGAAUGGCCUGAGACGUGGUUUGUCGCGCGUCAUCGAAGAACAGUACGUUGACGAAGAAGGUCACGAGGAGCCAGUGCCAAUACAGCCAAGUGUUACGGCUGAAACCAUUCGACAAUGCAUGUCCGGAGGCGUUGCACUUGGCCAAGUCUUGACGGGUAUCCAAGUUAGACCUCACAAGAAUGCCAAGGGGGAGGAGGGCAAAGUAUUCGUGGUCAAAUGGGAGGGCCCUGGUGAUCCCCUAGACCCUCACAACUGGUCGGUCGGGAGACGCAUUGGAGUUACUUUGCAGAUAUCCGUCAUCGCCCUAUUUGUAGGAGCGGCGUCAGGAAUUGACGCAACGGUUCUUCCCCAGGCCUCGAAGUCGCUUGGAGUUAGCGAAGUUGCCGAGUCGCUAGCUACAGGUCUCUAUCUAGUUGGGAUGGGUCUUGGAUCCUUAGUAGCAGGCCCAUUCUCAGAAACCUUUGGCAGAAACGCAGUUUACAUCGUGUCCAUGGCAAUCUUCAUGGUUUGGAUCAUGGCAUCUGCCCUUGCCCCCAACUUUGGAGCCCAGAUUGUUUUUCGUUUUCUGGCCGGCUGCUCAGCUUCGACACCGCUUGUCUGCUCUGGGGGUUCCAUUGCCGACAUGUUCAACAGUCUCGAAAAGACCUGGAGCUUUCCGCUUUAUGCAGUUGCUGGGUUUGGUGGGCCGAUGAUAGGAGCUGUCAUGGGCGCUUACAUCGGUCCGUCGAAUGCGGUUAGUUGGCGAUGGACUGAGUGGACUAUGCUCAUCGCUUCUGGACUUGUUCUCGUACUGGUCCUGCUUCUUAUGCCUGAGACGUAUGGGCCUCUACUAUUACAGUGGAAAGCUAACCAUUACCGACGAAUCACUGGCGAUGAUCGUUUCAAGUGCGAACAUGAGAUUGCAGACGCUAGCUUGUUCAGUCGACUCAAAGUCAGCAUGACAAGGCCAUUCCUCAUGUUGACGGAACCCAUCAUUAUCGCCAUGACUCUGUAUCUCAGCGUUUUGUACAUCGUUCUGUUUACGUUCCUUGUUGGCUGGCCAUACAUCUUUGAACAGACCUAUGGUAUUAGCCAGGGCCUGUCGAACAUCAUCUUUGUCGCCAUGUUUCUCGGCACACAGAUCAACUUUCUCUUUGUUCCCAUCGUGUACCGCAAGACGCUGCGAGCUGCUCAGAAAGGUGACCACUUCAAACCCGAGAUUCGCCUCUGGUACGGAAUGCUUGGGGCCUCCCCUGCUAUCCCUAUCUCACUGUUCUGGCUGGGAUGGACAAACUACGCGAAUAUCAGUAUCUGGUCAGCUAUUUUCGCCGUAGUCAUAUUCGGAUACGGUGUUACUGGUAUCUUUAUCUGUACAUACAUGUACAUCAUCGACUCAUAUGAGAUAUACUCAGCCUCAGCUCUCACUUUCGUUGCGCUGACGCGGUAUAUCGUCGCUGGAGGAAUGACUGUGGUUGAUUCGGGCAAAGAGUAA